AUGUCUCUUUCAACUCUUCACUAUGACCCCGAGUUUGCAGCAGUUCUCUCGGGUGUAAACAUUCCUCCUCCCCCCGCAACCUUCAAAGACGUAUUUGAAUUACGGGAGUGGGGAGACAGUCUGCUAGAGGGUCUCGGCUUCGGAAUGCCCAUUCCAGAAAAUGUUCUUCAAACCAUUAUCCCCUUUGAGAGCCACGACGGGACGGUUCUCAACAUCACACACUUUUCCAACUCCAACAAGCCCAAAAACUCCACGCAACAACCUGCAGUAUUCUACGUCCAUGGCGGAGGCAUGGUGGCAGGGAGCGUCGAGCUGUAUGCUCCCAAUAUCGCCAAUGCCGUCGACUUUUACGGACUUGACUUUUUCGCUGUAGACUAUCGUCUCGCGCCAGAGCAGCCCGGUCCCAAGCUUACGGAGGACGUCUACUAUGGCCUUAAAUACCUCUCUGACCACGCCAAGGAGUACCGCGUUGACAACAAGCGCAUCGCUAUCAUGGGUGACUCCGCAGGCGGCGGGCUUGCGGCUGGUGCCGCCCUACUAGCCCGAGACCGCGCCCUAAGCCCUCCCAUCGCGAAGCAGGUCCUAAUCUACCCCAUGCUGGACGACAGAACACGGCUCCCUGAGAACUCUGCUUACACCCAAUUUCUACUGUGGACUGAAAACGCCAACCAGCUAGGCUGGAGCUCCGUUUUGGGCGAAGGAGUAGCCGGGAACCCGAAAGCCAAUGCCUCGAUUUAUGCUGCGCCGGGGAGAGCCAAAAACCUGAGAGGUCUACCACCUACCUACAUUGAUGUAGGACAACUGGAUCUCUUCAUGUUUGAAGACAUUGCCUAUGCCAAUAAGCUGGCUGAAGCAGAGGUUGAGGUUGAGCUCCAUAUUCUGCCUGGACUGCCCCAUGCAUUCGAGUUUGCAUCCAAUGCUACUUUGGUCAAGCAAGCACUUCAGUCACGCCAAAGAGCUUUGAUGCAGGUGUAG